AUGCUAAUUGCCAAGUUCCGAAAACAACUCAAAGGAUCUGUAUUCGUUUUUUCUCUGGCUUUCGUUGAUAUGAGUUAUUGUCUACUGUAUUUUUACAACUUCCCACUCAAAAGUUUGGUGUUCUACUUGGAAAGUGAUUUUAUGGCCAAUGUCCGUCACAAGGCUCAACACCAAAUUGAAACAGUUGAAGAGUUUGGAAACUUUUUUAUUCCAAUUCUCAUGAUGUAUAUUGUCAUUGAAAAAUUCCUAUGGACUUGCACUCCAAGAACUCGUUAUUCGUUGAGACUUUUCACUGUGGACCGUCCCAAAUUCAUUUUGACUGCAAUCACAGCAGGAAUUGGUAUCAUGGUUGUGGUUAUUUCCACUUGGAAUCUUGUGGUAUUUUUGAACACUAUCCAAAGACUAGUGAUCCCAUUGACCAUAGCUCUCACUGUUCCAAUCUCAUUUAUCUUUGCGUUGAUCACUUUGUGCCGCAUCGGAUGUGUUGGAAAAGGAGAGAAUCCAGUGGAUCAGGCAGCGGUUAAUUUGGGAAAUGAAGAAGAAAAUCAUGUUGCCGGGUUAACCACCAGUCAAGUGAAAAAGUCAAUUCUCUGCAUGCUCACUUUCUACUUCCUCUUCUUCCUUCGUGGAGUCUUCUACUUUGCCUACGUCCGUCAGCACACCAAGGGAAUCUUUGCCAAUGAUAGACAUCUUCGAAUCAGAGAGUGUUCUUUAUGGUCAAAAUCUAUCAUGAAUGGUUUCAGUGUACUCUUGGUAUUACGACUUUUCUAG